AAAAAGCGCACGGCUUUCACGAGCGAACAGCUGCUGGAGCUGGAGAAGGAAUUCCACUGCAAGAAGUACCUGAGCCUGACGGAGCGCUCGCAGAUCGCUCACGCCCUCACGCUCAGCGAGGUACAGGUCAAGAUCUGGUUCCAGAACCGCCGCGCCAAGUGGGAACGCAUCAAAGCUGGGAGCUGCACGGCGUCCGAGCGAGCAGCUGAGAGCUGCAGGGCGUCCGAGAGAGGAGGCGUGCCUGACAAGCGGCUGGGAGCCGCAGGGAAUCCGAACGAGCGGCUGGGAAGCCGCGGGACGUUCGAAUCAGGGAGACGUACCUGACAAACGGCUGGGAGCCGCAGGGUGUCCAAGUGAGCGGCUGGGAAGCCGCAGGGCGUCCGAGUGAGCGGCUGGGAAGCCGCGGGGCGUCCGAAGAAAG